UUAAAAUGCCUAUAGAUCACAAACGAAUUAAUGGUCCAGAAGUGUCUGUACCAUAUAAUAUCUAUACUAAUUCUAAUUGUGAAGAAAAAUGUACUAAAAAUAAUAUAUCAGAAAGGAAGGAUGGUCGUGCGCAUAACGAACGGAGGGAAAUAUUUUUAAAAACUGGGAUAAUUAGUCAAGCAAAAGGUUCUGCAUAUAUCGAAAUGGGUGAUACUAAAGUUGUAUGCUCGGUCUUUGAUCCCAGAGAAAUUCACAAUAAAAAUGAUUACUGUACACAUGGUGAAUUGUUUUGUGAAUUCAAAUUUGCUCCAUUCUCUUGUAAAAAAAGAAAAAUACAUCAACAAGAUGCAAAUGAAAAAGAAUAUAGUUUGAUUUUGAAGAGAGCUUUGGAACCAGCGGUUUGUUUACACGAGUUUCCUAACUUUCAAGUAGAUGUUUAUACUACAGUUUUAGAUAAUGAUGGCUCAUCCUUAGCAGCUGCAAUAACUGUAGCUAGUUUAGCACUAGCUAAUGCAGGCGUUCCUAUGUUUGGUCUUGUUACUGCAUCUACUGUGGCUAUCUAUGAUGAUAUACUGCUUCUUGAUCCAACGGAUACUGAAGAAUUAUAUUGUAGUAAAAAUUCAUUAAUUUCUGGAAAUCAUGGCAUUAUGGUGCAAGCAUCUCUCCCGCAGCUUGAACAAAUUUCAGAAUUUUUCUUGGUAGGAAAUUUAAAUAUGGAACAUAUUACUAAUGCUAUAGAAGUCAUAAAACAAGCUAAUAAAGAUAUAUGUCCAUUAUUACAACAAUGCCUCGUUAAAUCAGUUUUUAAAGUAUUCAAAGAAAAAGAGCGUAAAAAAAAAGAAAUUAAAUAGAAUAUUUAUUUAUAACAAAUUUAUUAAACUAAAAAUCAAAUAAUUAAAUAUAUUUUAAACAUAGACAUAUUUUAUGUUUA